CGCAAUCAGCCGCGGCGAAGCUGGAGCCAAGAUUGCCCUGCACGUCCAUCGUGACAUUGUAUAAGAGGCGGUCAUCUGCCUCACGAUUGCCACAAUUGCAUCUUGCUGCGAGAGACGAGCAAAGAUGAAUUCUACCGCACACGCAAAGCAGACUGCAAGCGAAGUAGUGCCAGAGACGGUGUCGACACACUUCUCUGCCGAAGAUGCAGCUAAGCGUAAUGCCGUCGAACGCCGUGCACCACAUACCUGGGAACAGCGAGUCAACGAGAUCGGCGGUCUCCGAGGACUCGUCCUACGUGUUGGUCUAGGACCGCCAGAGAUGUACGCAAAGUCGACAAAGUGGGCGGAUCAGCCAGUGCCUGUCGUCAACAACAUCAGCGAGCACAUCUUUGUGUGGAAGUUCAUCAUACCACCAAUGUUGAUGCAAUGGAUCAGCUACAAAGUCUUUCCCGACCUGCACUGGCACCCCGUCGCAGCUUUCGUACCAUAUGCGUUUUUCUUCAUCCUGCUCGCAGCCUUGACGAUCAAGCGGUUCCACAACUACAUGCUCGAGUAUGGCACAUUCGAUCAAGAAAACAGAGGUCGCGACCAUAUUUCAGACAAGCGCCAUAUGCGACUAGCUACAGGCGCAGUCAUCUUCUUGAUCUUCCGUGUCGUCGGCCUGUUCGCAUACAGCUACGAUCGCACUGUCGCGCCCACGUUGUCGGUGUGGCUACCACUCAAGAUUUUCGCAUUCGAAGUCAUUCUUGACUAUGCCUUCUACUGCUAUCAUCGUUCUUGCCAUCAAGUCAAGUGGCUCUGGAACAUCCAUUCUGGCCAUCACGCCGCGAAGCAUCCUACGCCCGUGCAAGCCAUCCAAGCAGAUAGCUUCCAGGAGGUCAUCGAGCUCUUCAUCGUGCCCACGAUUGCGUAUCUAUCUACCGGCUUCGAUUUCUUCGAUCUUUGGCCGAUCUCAUGCGUCCUCAUCUUUACCGAGAUCUACGGUCACUCUGGAGUCCGCGUAUACUUCCCAACACUCGCCAGCAGCUUUUUGUGGUGGUGGGGUGGCGAAUUGUGCGUGGAAGACCACGAUCUGCAUCAUCGAUACGGACGUAGUGGACAGUCAUAUGGAAAGCAGACUCGCGUCUGGGACUCGAUAUUCGGCACAUGCGCCGAACGAGAGGAUACCGAAGAGUACGCAAUCAUUGGCCCCAAGCGCGUCAAGAAGCAAAAGGUUGCAUGAACCAGGCGCUUGACAAACAUGCACCGCUUCGCAUAGACGAUCCAUUUGUUAUACACUGUAAACCUGAUUGCAUACAUAAGAACGACAUUUCGUCCAU